AUGCUCCUCUUGCUCAGUGUGGCCGCCCUUCUCUCUGCAGGCUUGUCUGGGGAGCUAAACCAGACCUCCGGGUUGGUGGCGGACAGCACUGAGUCGUGCUCAGCCUGCGAAUUCCGUGAGCACAGCAAGCAGAUGAGACUCUACAGCAUCAAGUCCCAGAUUCUCAGCAUCCUGCGGUUGGAACAAGCACCGAACAUUAGCAGGGACAUGAUCCAGCAGCUGCUCCCCAAAGCACCGCCUCUCACACAGCUCCUGGAUCAGUACGACCCUCGGGUGGAAGAUGAAGAGCACGCCACCACAGAAACCAUCAUCACCAUGGCAACCAAGUACUCCAUUGCAGAUGGAAGGUUGUCCUAUUGUCUGUUCAGCCUCAGUCCUAAAAUCCACACUGAGAAUAUCCUGAGUGCUCAGCUUUGGGUUCACCUACGGCCAGUCCACAUGGUCACAACAGUCUUCCUGCAGAUCUCUCGACUCAAACCUGGCAGGGAGGGAAACAACACCCGGGUCAGGGUGCGCUCUUUGAAGGUGGACACAGGUGUUGGCGCAGGCUCCUGGCAGAGUAUGGACAUCAAGUCUCUGCUUCAGGCAUGGCUGCGACAGCCGGACACUAACUACGGUAUCGACAUCAAUGCUUUUGACCCUCAAGGAGAAGACCUGGCGGUCACGUCUGCAGAACCUGGAGAGGAAGGCCUGCAACCGUUCAUUGAAGUCAAGAUCCUGGACAGUCCAAAGAGAUCCCGACGUGAUUCAGGUCUGAACUGCGACGAGGAGUCAGCUGAGACACGCUGCUGCCGUUACCCGCUCACCGUCGACUUUGAGGAGUUUGGCUGGGACUGGAUCAUCGCACCCAAACGCUAUCGGGCUAAUUACUGCUCAGGAGAGUGUGAAUUCUUGCAUUUACAGCAGUACCCGCACGCACACCUGGUAAACAAGGCAAACCCACGUGGCUCGGCAGGACCCUGCUGCACGCCCACCAAGAUGUCACCCAUUAACAUGCUCUACUUCAACCGGAAGGAGCAGAUCAUCUACGGAAAGAUCCCAUCCAUGGUGGUGGAUCACUGCGGCUGUUCCUGA